AAAAAAUCCGUUUUUAAGACUUAAAACGACACCGCAGGCUGAACGCAAUUUAUAUAGUUUCGCGACACAUGAGAGCUCGAUUCGCAGGAAGAAGAAGCCUCUAGGGUUUACGAGAAAAGCACUACCAGGAUUGGAACUCAGUAGAAAAAAAGUGUUUUCCAUUCAAGCACCAAACAGAAUCAAUGAUGCAGUUUGCUCCAAGUGAGGGUGAAAAUGCUUUGUCUGUAGUUGGUCCCAGGCCAAUGGAUUUGUCUACAUAUAAUGCUCGCCCUGCAUCUGGGCCUAAUGGAAAACAAAGGACUUCAAGUUUGGAGGCACCAAUCAUGCUGCUGACUGGUCAUCAAAGUGCUAUAUACACAAUGAAAUUUAACCCUGCCGGAACAGUCAUAGCAUCGGGGUCUCAUGACAAGGAAAUUUUCUUAUGGAAUGUUCAUGGGGAAUGCAAAAACUUCAUGGUUUUAAAGGGGCAUAAGAAUGCUGUGUUGGAUCUUCACUGGACAACUGAUGGGUCUCAGAUAGUAUCAGCCAGUCCAGACAAAACUGUGGGGGCAUGGGAUGUUGAGACGGGAAAAAGAAUUAAAAAGAUGGCAGAACACUCUUCAUUUGUGAAUUCUUGUCAUCCUGCUCGGAGAGGACCGCCUCUUGUUGUCAGUGGAUCUGAUGAUGGAACUGCCAAACUAUGGGAUAUGCGUGUGAGGGGUGCCAUCCAAACAUAUCCUGAUAAAUACCAAAUCACAGCAGUCAGCUUCUCGGAUGCAUCAGAUAAAAUCUUUACAGGAGGUAUUGAUAAUGAUAUUAAGGUUUGGGACUUGCGCAAGGCUGAAGUACUGAUGACACUUCAAGGACAUCAAGAUAUGAUAACAGGUAUGUCAUUGAGUCCUGAUGGCUCUUAUCUUCUGACUAAUGGAAUGGACUGCAAACUCUGCAUUUGGGAUAUGCGCCCAUAUGCACCACAAAAUCGUUGUGUAAAGAUAAUGGAAGGGCACCAACACAACUUUGAAAAGAACUUGUUGAAAUGUAGCUGGUCACCUGAUGGAAGCAAGGUCACGGCCGGCAGUUCUGAUAGGAUGGUCUACAUAUGGGAUACUACUUCUCGACGCAUCUUGUUUAUGCUGCCGGGCCACACUGGAUCUGUCAAUGAGUCCGUCUUCCACCCCAACGAGCCCAUUAUUGGAUCUUGCAGUAGUGAUAAGCAGAUAUAUCUGGGGGAAAUCUGAGUUGUACUGAAAUGUAACAGUUUCAUCUUCUAAUUUGUUGUGUACGGUGACUUUUUAACAGUUGUUGAUUUUGGAAGGGUUGUAUCUUGCAUUAGUUUUCCAAAUUGAACUUUUGAGAUAUUCCUAGUGUAUAACCUCCGUUUAGAUGUUAUACCAUUAUA